AUGGAGAGAUUGUUGCAGAUUGAACUGCUGGUGCCACGAGCACAGGCCAAACAUUGGCUGCAAGAUGCGCAAUCAACAGCCAUGUUUGCCGCUUUGCAACCCAGCACCUGGGAACAGUGCUUGGCUUUACUACCAGGUGAAGCUGAGCUUGCUUCGAUCGGUUGUGCAGUCCGUGCAUGUGCAAUUGGCAGGAACUGGCACGGUGCUUUGCAGCUGUUUGCUGCAGAGAUUGACUUCCCCAACAAGAGAGAAAAAGUAAAUUUGUGGAGUGCCACUCAUUUGGCUUGUCAGGCCGCCGACACUCCUCAACCUCUGAUGCCCGAGCUGAAUCAAUUGGCCCUGCCACUCUAG